ACUCUGAGGACUGAAAAGCCCACAACAAUAACAACAACGAAACGAAGAUCCUUUAAAUUCCAUUUUCUUAACUUGUUGUCCAGUUGCUGUGAAUCAGAUUCAACUUUAAAUUUAUGGCGUGAUUUCGUAUAAUACAUAGCAUACAGUGUAUGUAUGUAUUUUGCAAAUUAUUGUUCCCUACAUACUUCCCGCGUAUUCUGUUAAUAAUGCCUCGCACGAGUCCGUCAGAUUUUAAUGAAGAGGAGUUACAAAAGUUGACCAAUGCAAUCAUCAAAAGGAAUGCCUUCCAUCGAAUUAGACAGCUGCAGCUUUACAAGGAUCUCGUUACAGAUUUUGUGUUAAAUGGGCGAAGUGCCUCUUCAAUGAGGCUCGCAAUGAAGGAACAGAUUUCCCCUUGCUUUGAAAAAUACUGCUCCGCGGCAGAGGCUAAGAAAUUCCGUGAACAUUACUUUGGGAACACAUAUGACAGUGAGAUCAAGAAGGACAAGAAUCGUUUUAAAGAUGUCCUCACUGAUUCUGAAUCUUCUACCGACAUGGAAGAGAACUUAAGUCCUCGGACUAGAAAGAAUAAGAGUAUAUCAAAAAUGAGGCCAAGCCAGGCAAAGAGCCAAAAAAUUUCACAAGCUUCUAUUAGGACUGAGCUCAAGGAUUCUGAAGAUUCUGAUGAGGAUGUUCAGUUUUGUGAGGAGAUCGCAGCUACAUCAAAGAAAAACAGCCCUGCUAAACAAAAUCUAACAUGGUCUCCAUCAACUAAUUUCAAGCCUGAUACUGCGUCUGGUGUCAAAAGGAAAUUAGUUGGUGUGGAAAACAAUUCCAGCAAACCGAGAAAGAGAAACUCCGCUGAUGCUGCAAGACUCCCUAGUUUUUCUGCCAUCACCAACUUCAGCACUGGAGCUACUCUGCGGGGCAGAGGAAAACGAGAUGAAGUAGGGGAUGAUCUCUUAGCGUCCAUUGGUGACGAACAUCAACUCCGCAAUGCCGCACCAAGUUUUUCUGAUCUUACUUGUUUCAGCACUGGAUCAGCUAUGCGUGGCAGAAGUAAGCCAGAUGACAAUGGCAAUGAGCUAUUAAUGUCUGUUGAAGGUCAUCCUCGACUUGCUAGGCCUCAAAAAAAUCCCAGCAACGAAGGACAGCCUGCCUCAACUCCAACAAAGGUUGCAGUGGUAGUUUUAAGAGACUACAGAAAGCCAGGUGCACAGAAGUCGCAAGGAGUCCGGGAGGCGCCUAUGAAAACAAAGCCUUCUGAGGGUUGUCAUCCAACAGAAGAUGCUACAAGAGAAAAUGAGGAAAUAGACUUUGAAUCAGUUGUGGAGCCAUGUAUAACUGACCUUAUACGAGGCACUCGCAGCUCAAAAGAAGAAGUCGGUGCUAACAAUGAGAAAUCCAAAAAGAACAAAGUUGGGAUGCAGAAUGCUGGCAAUCAUCUUUCACAAGAAAAAGAUGUCUUUAUGUCCUCACUGAAGCUAUAUCACAGCAGAGAAAAGGAUACAGCUGAAGACCAAACUGAAGAUGAGUUUGAAGCAGACCAAAAUGAGCAAAUGAAUCAAUCAGUUGAAGAACAGGCAGAUGGAGAACCAGAAGUGUCUGCUGUUGCAGAAAGGCCUGCAGGAUGUGCUACAAGCUCCAAGUCUCUUCAAAAGGGUAUGCAGAAGCCAGGAAACCCAAUGAUCGCUGUUGGUAUUGACUACAAAGGAAGGAAGUGCUUAUUCAAGUUGGUUCCGAUGACCCCUGAGGAAAUUGAUGCCAUUCAAGAUCCCUGUCUUCCUUAUCAAUUGCUACCUCCUAGCCUCACAGUACCAACGCAACCACUGAAUGCAAGCUCUUAGGUUACAGAGACAGCAGAAAGCCUGUUUCUCCAGUUGUUACGUACACUUUGGGAAAGGAAAAAAUAAUUUUUCGAUGCGUUCUACUUGUUUAGUUUAACCUGAAAUUAUUGCACAAUUCACACAGUGAUAGAAGAAAUUGAGAGCACACUGAAUUUCGCUUUAGUAUUCUGUAUGUUAAAUUAGCAUUAUUUAUUGAUUAAACUAGACUCAAGAUUUUAUGUAGUGCUACGGAAGCCGCUAAAGCGCAAAUUGUAUUAAACACUGACAGUUCUUGCGAGUUAUAACAUCUAUUCAAUGGUUAUGCAAUUUGCUUGGUCUGGAAGUUGAGCGUGUUGCAUAUGCUCUGCAAUGGAAUUGGGCAUACAAUUUAGAUGAGCCUGAAACCACCGCUGAAUAAAAUAUUUCAGACGGGGCGCUGCUAAAAUACGUUAUGUCAAAUCAUUUUUUCUAUAAGAGAGCAGUUCUAGGAGAAAACGAAGUUCGAUUGGACGGGAUUUUUAGGCGUUGAAUAUAAAUUUUUAAGUGAUCCAUUGGUUGUAGUCAAAUGGUUUGUCUGCAUGUGAAUGUAACUAGUUAUUGAUAUUAAUUUUCCAUGAAAACAGCUCUAUUUUGUCUACUGAAAGUACGUUGGUCUAUAUUUCAGACUGCCAGAGGAAAAAUACGGUAAUUAUUGGCUAAUAAACAAAGUUGUAAUGACUCGAAUGUAAAGAGAAUUUUAUACUUAAAUAAAUGAUAUUGAAAUUAAA